AUGUCGUUAAAUAAAAGCAAUAUCAGAGAAUAUAAACUAGUCGUCGUUGGUGGCGGUGGUGUUGGUAAAUCGGCGUUGACGAUCCAAUUAAUUCAAUCGCAUUUCGUUGACGAAUAUGACCCGACUAUCGAAGACUCCUAUAGAAAACAAGCGGUCAUUGAUGACAAGGUCUCAAUUUUGGAUAUUUUAGAUACUGCAGGUCAAGAAGAAUAUUCAGCAAUGAGGGAACAGUAUAUGAGAACUGGGGAGGGGUUCUUAUUGGUUUAUUCCGUUACGUCGAAAACUUCUUUUGAAGAAUUGAUGACAUAUUAUCAGCAGAUUCUAAGAGUCAAGGAUUCGGAUUAUGUUCCUGUGUUUGUGAUUGGUAACAAGUCUGACCUUGAGGACGAAAGACAAGUUUCUUAUGAGGAAGGUCAAACUUUGGCCAAACAAUUCGACGCUCCGUUCUUGGAAACUUCUGCAAAACAAAAUAUCAACGUCGAAGAAUCUUUCUACGGGUUGGUUCGUCUAAUCAGAGAUGAGGGUAAGGGAUUCAGCAGCAGUAGCGCUAGAGCAGAUGCUGAAAAGGAUAAACUUGCUAAACUGGAGAAUCAACGCCAGGCUUCUGGUGCUACUAACCAAGGAACUACUGGCAAAACUAAUACUAAGGCUACCAGUGGCGUAGCAAAUGGUUCUGCGUCCGCAGGUGCCGCAGAAGAUCAAAAUUCUCAAUCUAAUGUACCUUCUAACAAUAAAAUUACCAAUUCUUCUGCUCAAAAGAACUCUAAAACCACAGAAAACCAAAGAAAGACUCAGACUGGCUCUAAAAACUCUGAAAAUGAUAAAAGUGGUUCUGGAUGCUGUAUUAUUUGUUAG